AUGUUCGACCUGAACAGCUUCUUCACUGCUAAGGCCCUGAAUGUUGCGAUCCCUGGUGGUCCUCGUUUCGAACCCCUCUAUAAGGACAUCGACCCGAACGAUGAGGAUUUCAGCGAGUUCAACGCCAUCGAUCGCAUCAUCUUCCGCGCCCCCAUCCGGACCGAAUACCGAGUGGCGUUCCCGUUUUUGUACAAUACCCUUCCACGGAGCGUCAAGGUCUCCUGGUACUCUCACCCCCAGGUAGUCUAUGUUCGGACCGAAGACCCCAACCUGCCUGCAUUCUACUUUGAUCCCGUCAUCAACCCCAUCUCCUCUCGUUCCGUCAAGCCCAAGAACAUCACAAUCAGUCACGAAGACGAAAUUUUCGGAUAUGGCAACGAGGAAGACGACUUUGAGCUUCCGGGAGAAGUUGAGCCGUUCUUCGAGGAUGAGGAACUUUACACCACGGAGACCGCGUCCGCUAUCGCUCUGUGGUGGGCCCCUCAUCCGUUUGACAAGCGGUCCGGUAAGAUGGUUCGUGCCCAGGACGUGCCGCUGGUGAAGCAGUGGUAUCUGGAACACUGCCCGCAGGGUCAACCUGUCAAGGUUCGGGUAUCUUACCAGAAGCUUCUCAAGACUUACGUGCUCAACGAGCUUCACAAGAAGAAGCCGAAGGCUCAGAGCAAGCAGAACCUGUUGAAGACUCUCAAGUCGACCAAGUUCUUCCAGCAGACGACCAUCGACUGGGUUGAGGCCGGUCUACAGGUCUGCCGCCAGGGUUUCAACAUGCUGAACCUACUCAUCCACCGCAAGAACUUGACUUACUUGCAUCUCGACUACAACUUCAACUUGAAGCCCGUCAAGACCCUGACGACCAAGGAGCGAAAGAAGUCCCGCUUCGGAAACGCGUUCCACUUGAUGCGAGAAAUUCUGCGCCUUACCAAACUGAUUGUCGAUGCCCAGGUCCAAUACCGCCUGGGCAACAUCGACGCUUUCCAGCUGGCGGAUGGCAUCCUCUAUGCCUUCAACCACGUUGGCCAGCUCACGGGAAUGUACCGGUACAAGUACAAGUUGAUGCACCAGAUCCGGUCGUGCAAGGAUUUGAAGCAUCUCAUCUACUACCGUUUCAACUCCGGUCCCGUCGGCAAGGGCCCCGGCUGCGGUUUCUGGGCCCCAGCCUGGCGAGUCUGGUUGUUCUUCAUGCGCGGCAUCAUCCCUCUGCUGGAGCGAUGGCUCGGAAAUCUGCUUUCUCGUCAGUUCGAGGGUCGCCACAGCAAGGGUGUCGCCAAGACCGUGACCAAGCAGCGUGUGGAGUCUCACUUCGAUUUGGAACUUCGCGCAUCUGUGAUGGCGGAUCUUAUGGACAUGAUGCCCGAGGGCAUUAAGCAGAACAAGGUCAAUGUUGUCCUGCAACAUCUGUCUGAGGCAUGGAGAUGCUGGAAGAGUAACAUCCCUUGGAAGGUUCCGGGUCUGCCUGCUCCGAUUGAGAACAUCAUUCUUCGAUAUGUGAAGAGCAAGGCUGACUGGUGGAUUUCGGUCGCUCACUAUAAUCGCGAGAGAAUUCGCCGUGGUGCCACUGUCGACAAGACAGUCGCCAAGAAGAACCUGGGUCGUCUUACACGUCUUUGGCUGAAGUCCGAGCAAGAAAGGCAGCACAACUACUUGAAGGACGGUCCAUACGUUUCAUCCGAAGAGGCAGUGGCCAUUUACACGACCAUGGUCCAUUGGCUGGAGUCUCGCAAAUUCUCUCCAAUUCCGUUCCCCAGUGUCUCGUACAAGCACGACACGAAAAUCCUUAUUCUGGCCCUGGAACGGCUGCGUGAAUCAUACUCCGUGAAAGGCCGAUUAAACCAGAGCCAGCGUGAGGAACUCGCGCUCAUCGAACAAGCUUAUGAUUCUCCUGGAACCACCCUGGCGAGAAUCAAGCGGUUCCUCUUGACCCAGCGAGCUUUUAAAGAGGUUGGCAUUGAUAUGAAUGACAACUACAAUAACAUCAACCCUGUCUAUGACAUCGAACCCAUCGAAAAGAUUACUGAUGCGUACCUUGAUCAAUACCUCUGGUACCAAGCGGAGCAGCGCCACCUCUUCCCCGCCUGGAUCAAGCCCUCGGAUUCGGAGGUGCCACCCCUUUUGGCAUACAAGUGGACCCAAGGUAUCAACAACUUGUCCAAUGUCUGGGAGAGCGAGGAGGGCGAGACCAACGUCAUGAUUGAGACCGAGCUGUCCAAGGUGUACGAGAAGAUCGAUCUGACUCUGUUGAACCGAAUGCUUCGUCUGAUCAUGGACCACAACUUGGCCGACUAUAUCACCUCCAAGAACAAUGUCCAGCUGAGCUACAAGGACAUGAACCACACAAACAGUUAUGGAUUGAUCCGUGGUCUUCAAUUUUCGGGAUUCGUGUUCCAGUACUACGGCAUGAUGAUUGACUUGUUGCUCCUCGGCCUCCAGCGAGCCAGCGAGAUGGCCGGGCCGCCCGCGAGUCCCAACGACUUUCUGCAGUUCAGAGACCGUACCACCGAGACCAGACAUCCCAUCCGUCUCUACACCCGCUACGUCGACAAGAUCUGGGUCUUCUUCCGAUUCUCCGCGGAUGAGUCCCGAGACUUGAUCCAGCGUUUCUUAACCGAGAAUCCAGAUCCCAACUUCGAGAACGUCAUCGGUUACAAAAAUAAGAAGUGCUGGCCUCGUGAUUGUCGAAUGCGUCUGAUGCGCCACGAUGUUAACCUGGGACGUGCCGUGUUCUGGGAUAUGAAGAAUCGUCUCCCCAGAUCUAUCACGACGAUCGACUGGGAUGACACGUUCGCCAGCGUCUACAGCAAGGAUAACCCUAACUUGCUGUUCUCUAUGGGUGGAUUCGAAGUUCGUAUCCUUCCCAAGAUCCGGAAUCAGAAUGAGGAGUUCUCGGUCAAGGAUAGCGUGUGGUCUCUGGUCGAUAACACGACCAAGGAACGGACGGCCCAUGCCUUCCUUCAGGUCACCGAAGAGGACAUCCAGAAAUUCAACAACCGUAUUCGGCAAAUCCUCAUGUCCUCUGGAUCGACGACCUUCACCAAGAUCGCUAACAAGUGGAACACGGCGCUGAUUGCUCUCUUCACCUAUUACCGUGAGGCUGCUGUGUCGACCGUCAACCUUCUCGACACCAUUGUCAAGUGCGAGACAAAGAUCCAAACCCGUGUCAAGAUCGGGUUGAACUCUAAGAUGCCUUCGCGUUUCCCUCCGGCUGUGUUUUAUACCCCGAAGGAACUGGGUGGUCUGGGUAUGAUCUCCGGAUCUCACAUUCUCAUCCCCACUAGCGACAAGCGUUGGUCAAAGCAAACGGACACGGGCAUCACCCACUUCCGAGCGGGUAUGUCUCACGACGAAGAGACUCUGAUCCCCAACAUCUUCCGAUACAUCAUUCCCUGGGAAGCCGAGUUCAUCGACUCGCAGCGCGUGUGGAUGGAGUACUCCCAGAAGCGAAUGGAGGCCCAACAGCAGAAUCGACGCUUGACGCUGGAGGAUCUGGAAGACAGCUGGGACCGUGGUCUGCCACGUAUCAACACGCUUUUCCAAAAGGACCGAAGCACGCUCAGCUUCGACAAGGGUUUCCGACUUCGCGCGGAGUUCAAGCAGUACCAGCUGAUGAAGAGCAAUCCGUUCUGGUGGACAAGCCAAAGGCACGAUGGCAAGCUUUGGAAUUUGAACGCUUACCGGACGGAUGUCAUUCAGGCCCUAGGUGGUGUGGAAACCAUUCUUGAGCACACCCUAUUCAAAGCGACGGCUUUCCCGUCUUGGGAGGGUCUGUUCUGGGAGAGAGCAUCAGGUAAGAUCUGGCCCGAAAAAAUACGACGAAACCCUUACUAA